ACAUACGGAAGCGUGUGUCAUGAAACAUAUUGACAUAUUGUGCGCGCGCUGGAACGCAGGGUUUGGUGAAACCAUGUGGAGGAUACAAUGGUGUCUGCUGCUGCUGACCACAUAUUGGAUAAGAGGCCACACCAAAGACAGCAAGGAUCCUCUGCGCCCUGGGCACGUGUCUGUGAUUAUUGUAGGUGGCACCGGUGACCUGGCCAAAAAAUACCUUUGGCAAGGAUUUUUCCAUCUUUACGCCACACAAGUAGACAAAGGCCACACUUUCUCCUUCUAUGGAGGUGGCCUCUCAUCAGCUGAGAAGGGCACUCCACUGUUAUUCAAGAUAUUAAAGGAGCUGAACUGCCCAUCAGAACUUACGCCUGAGCGUUGUGCUCUGGUCAAAGAGCAGUUCUUGCGACUGUCCCAGUACCUACAGCUUAAGAGCGUGGAGGAUUAUGAGAAGCUCAGUGAACAGAUCCAGCUCCAGCUGAAGCAGGAGGACCUGAUAGAAGCAGGAAGGCUCUUUUACAUGUCUGUUCCAGCCUUCGCUUAUGCUGAAAUCGCAGAAAAGAUCAAUAGCACCUGUCGUCCCCCAGCUGGAGCAUGGCUCAGGGUUGUUCUGGAGAAACCAUUCGGACACAGUUUCAACAGCGCCCAACGUCUAGCUACACAGCUGUACAGUUUUCUGAAGGAGGACGAGAUGUACAGGAUUGAUCACUAUUUAGGGAAGCAGGUUGUCUCUCAGAUAUUGCCCUUUAGGAAAAAAAAUCAUAAAAUUCUGAAGCCGAUUUGGAACAAGCACUACAUUGAGAGAAUAGAGAUUGUGUUGAAGGAAACUUUGGAUUGCAAAGGCCGGAUUCAGUUUUAUGACCAAUACGGGGUCAUCAGAGACGUGCUACAGAACCACCUUACAGAAAUUAUGACCCUUUUGAUGAUGAACAUACCUGCUAACCUCUCCAACAGUGAAGAGGUCCUACAGAACAAGCUCAGAGUCUUCAGUGGCCUUGAAUACCUUGAUAGGAGCAAUGUGGUUAUAGGUCAGUAUCAGAGCUAUAAUGCAGAAGUCAGGAUGGAACUCAAUAAAACAAAGGAUUAUUUCAGCCUUACCCCAACUUUUGCUGGUGUGGUCAUCAUUGGAGAUGGUCCUCAGUAUGAUGGCAUUCCCAUAUUUAUGUCAUCGGGUAAGAUGCUUGACGAACGUGUCGGAUAUGCUCGAGUUAUUUUCAAAAAUGACAAAUUUUGCAUUCAGGAAUACAACAGUGUCCACUGCAAGCCCAAACAGAUUGUAUUCUAUCUUGGCCAUGGGACUCUCCAGUAUUCAGCAAUUCUUGUGAGCAAAAAUUUGUUUCAGCCAGAUCUGGUAAACAGUGAUUGGAAAGAGGUUACUGAGCAUAAAGACAUUUCUGUGCUUGGGUUACCACUCUCUGACUAUCACAUCCAGUCCCCAAAGAUGCCUACAGAGGCUUAUUAUCAGCUCAUAUCUAAUGUGUUCUAUGGACAUAAGGAUAGCUUUGUCAGUGCUGAAAACCUCAUGGCAUCAUGGGCUUUCUGGACUCCGCUAUUGGACAGCCUGAUCAACGUCGUUCCACGGCUGUACCCGGGUGGUGCUACUAAUGGUGACCUCCUGAACUUUCAGAUGCAAGGGCGGAUGGUUGGUUUCAUUAGUGAUGAGGAGGUAAAUGUGAUUCAGCAAGGUCAUGAAGAGAACUUCCAGGUUAUGCAAGGGAAGUUCCGGAGUGCUGACAUGGUGUCUGCCUGGUCCAAAGAACUAGUGGAGCGUUUAGCCUCUGACCUGCACAGUGUAGCUGAAGAGGUAGUUCAAGCUGAAGGUCAAUUCCAUCUGGCCUUGUCAGGUGGUUCCAGUCCCAUUGCCCUAUUUCUAGAGCUUACACAGCACCACUACACCUUCCCGUGGCACAGCACUCAUGUGUGGUUAGCAGAUGAGCGGUGUGUGCCACCCACUGAGGCAGAUUCCAAUUUCCAUUCCAUUCACGACCAGCUACUCCAGAAUGUCCAUAUUCCUUACUUCAACAUCCAUCCCAUGCCAGUGCAGCUCAACCAGCGGUUGUGUGUUGAAGAAGAUGGGGGUGCACUCCUCUAUGAGAAGCAAAUAAACCAGCUAGUCAAUGGCUCUCGUUUCCAUUAUAUACUGCUUGGUGUAGGUGAAGAUGGUCAUACUGCUUCACUGUUCCAAGACACCAAUCAUCAAAAUAGUGGAAAAAGAUUGGUGGCCCUGACUGAAAGUCCAAUCAAACCUCACCAGCGGAUGAGUCUUACAUUCACUGCCAUCAACAAAGCCCAUAGGGUAGGGGUACUUAUCAUGGGGAAGAGAAAACAUGAGCUUGUUGUUCAACUGAGUAGAAUUAAAGGUGAAACUCCCAAAUAUCCAAUCACAAGUGUACAGCUAAAAGAUGGCCAUCUAAUAUGGUAUAUAGAUUAUGAUGCACUUUUAGGAUAGAAGCCAGUCACCUCAGGAAUACCAGAGUGUAGUAUAACUAUAUAGUGUUAAUUACAAUACUCAGUUUACCAUAAUAUCAGGGACCCACUGGGUGUUCUGGUGAUUUGAAUAAUACUGUUAAUUAUAAAACAUUUUUUAUUCUACCCAUAAUAAUGAAUACCGAAACUUUGUGUAGAAUCAUCAGCAUGGAAGUGGAACUGCCUUGAAAUAAUGAAAAUGUGAUUAAAGCACGUUGACAGUAAUAGUUGUCACUUCCAGAAAUCCUAUGUUUGAUUUUUAUUGGGAAAAAAAGUUUGUGUAGAUAAUUUGAAGUAGUUCCAAAUGAAUGCACCAUUGCAAAGAGAAAACUGAGAGGUCAUCUUUUAUUAUUGUACACUUGUCCACUUUUUCAGCCUUUGGAUAAUAGACUGCAUUACAUAGUUUUUAUUCCAUUGCAUUACUUUUUUUUCUAUUUCUUGCUUUUCACUUGGGUUGCAAGGGAAAACUAGAACACUGUGAAUAUUAAUAUUAAAAAAUAAAUUUGAGAGUUGAACUAGUUUAUUGUGCUAAUUUUACAACCCCAAAUCAGAAAAAAAGUUGGGACAGAGUUGUUGAAAUUGAAAUUAAAUCUGAAAAUAAUGAUUUGUAAAUAAUAGUUGACCUAUAUUGAACUCAAAACAAGAUAACAGCACAUUAAUGUUUUACCUCAUGAAUUUUUUUCUUUUAAUAAGCACAUUUCAGUUUUGAUUCUUGCAACAUGUUUCAAAAAAGUUGCGACAGUAAAGCAUUUAAGUCAAGUCAGUUCAUUUGUAUAGUGCUUUUAACGAUAGACGUUGUCGCAAUGCAACUUUACAGAAAAAUAAAGAGUUUCAAUAUAUGAGCGAAUAGCUUCAUCUCAUUCAUUCUCAUCUCAUUAUCUCUAGCCGCUUUAUCCUGUUCUAUAGCUUUAUCCCUAAUAAAUAUAUCCCUAAUGAGCAAGUCUGAGGUGACAAAGAAAAACUUUCUGAGACAACAUAAUGAAGAAACCUUGAGAGCCACCAGACUCAAAAGGGCACCCAUCCUCAUUUGGGUGAUAACAGAUAGAAUGAUUAUAAAUAACCUGCUUCUAUAAAUGUAUCCUAUAUGGUUAAAAAGUGCAAAUGUGGAACCAGGAAAUUAAUUAUAGUUUUAACAUGAAGUCUAUUUUGUUGACGUUAUCAAUUGUUCAUUGAUGGUCACUUGAGUGCAAAACUGCUCAUAACAACUACUGCAGUCCUAAAGUUAUCAUGGCAGUUGUAGUCCUAAGUCAUCAUAGCAAAACUGUAAGUGCCCAGAACCAUCUUCUAAGGCCAAGUUUACAUUAGACUGUAUCUGUCUUGUUUUCUUCGCGGAUGCACUGUCCGUUUACAUUAAACCGCCUGGAAACGCCGGGAAACGGGAAUCCGCCAGGGUCCACGUAUUCAAUCUAGAUCGUGUCAGCUCCGGUGCUGUGUAAACAUUGAGAAUACGCGGAUACGCUGUGCUGAGCUCUAGCUGGCGUCGUCAUUGGACAACGUCACUGUGACAUCCACCUUCCUGAUUCGCUGGCGUUGGUCAUGUGACGCGACUGCUGAAAAACGGCGCGGACUUCCGCCUUGUAUCACCUUUCAUUAAAGAGUAUAAAAGUAUGAAAAUACUGCAAAUACUGAUGCAAAUACUGCCCAUUGUGUACUUAUGAUUGUCUUUAGGCUUGCCAUCCUUCCACUUGCAAGUGGUAAGUGAUAUGUGCUGGGAUCACACACACAGCGGCUCAGUCCCGAAUCAGUGGUUGUGCACUUCACUCGCGUGCUCUGUGAGCUGCGCAGGGCCGGAGUGCGCACCCUCCAGAGGGCACUCACUGUUCAGGGCGGAGUGAUUUGGAGUGCAGGAUGCCUGCGGAGCCGAGCGUAUCCGUGUAUUGGUGUUGCUGUGUGCACGCAAAUCGUGUAUUGGUGUUGCUGUGUGCACACUAAUUGUUUUAAAAACGUUAAUCUGAUGAUCCACUGAUACGGUCUAAUGUAAACAUGGGCUGAGUGUAUCUUUAGACUGUCCAUAUGGAGCUAUCCUCAACAGGCGCGAAGCAAUAAGAACCACAACCAGAAGUAAGGCAUCAGGCUGUAUAUAUGAGGCCAUUCUUGCAAGAGUGAAGUGAUGAGAGUCUACCACUUUAUAAUGUUGCCAUUCCUUCUAACAACACUUAAAAGAUGUUUAGGGACUGGAGACACCAAGUGAUGAGGUGUUUCAGGUGUUAUUUUGUCCCAUUUUUCCUGCAAACAGGUCUUAAGGUGUGCAACAGUACAGGGUCUUCGUUGCAUUUGUCAUUUCAAAAUUCACCACACAUUCUUUCUUGGAGACAGAGUGAACAGGCACCCUCUCCUUCUACAGCCACGCCUUUAUAAUGUGUGCAGAAUGUUUUGUAUUGUCUUGUUGAAAUAUCCCUGAAAAUGAAGUAGUCUUAAAGGCAGCAUAUGUUGCUUCAAAAUCUUAAUGUACUUUUCUGCAUUAAUGCUGCUAUCACAGAAGUGUAAGUUACCUUUGCCAAGGGCACUGACACAACCCCAUACCGUGACAGACCCUGGCUUUUGGACUUCUUGCUGGUAACAGUCUGGAUGGUCCUUUUUAUUUUUGGUCUGGAACAUACACCAUCCAUUUCUUACAAAAAAAAAAAAAGACCUAGAA